UCAAGAGCUCGUAGCUGGGGUUGGACCGGGACAGGCGGACGAACGGACGGUUCUUCUGCGGGAAGCAAACGCGCAUCCAGGGUGUCAUUUCCCACUCUCUCUUCCUGUAUCACUCGUUCUCUCGGCUCCCCCUCCCCCCCCUGUGGAGAUGAGGAGAUAAUCAAAAGAUAAGCUGCUGACGAAGUUCUGAAGUUGUAUAGAGUUUGGGAGAAGAAGAAGAUGGUGGGGUUAGAGUUCGUCCUGUUCGCUCUUCUCUUUGGAGCCCUGACUCGUGCCGAGAAAGCCGAUUGCAGCAAAAAAAACGAAUGUCCCAUAGACGUGUAUUUCACCAUAGACACGUCGGAGACUAUUGCCCUGCAGGAGCCGCCUCCUGGAGCACUUGUGGAGAGUAUCAAGAUAUUCACGGAGCAGUUCGCACAGCGUUUGGAUGAUGAAGAGCUCAGGGGUGUCGUGCGGAUCACCUGGAAAAUCGGUGGACUGCACUUCUCCCAGACACAAAGUGUUUUCAGUCGGUUCGCAUCCAAGAAUGAUUUCAUCACAGGUGUGAGGGGAAUCAGGUAUUUGGGUAAAGGGACCUACAUCGAUUGUGCCCUCAGAGAAAUGGCAAAGGAGAUACAGAGCUCACCCUCAUACCCCAGGGCCCUCCGAUUUGCUGUUGUCAUCACUGAUGGUCAUGUGACUGGAAACCCGUGUGGGGGUAUUAAGGUGGCAGCAGAGGAGGCUCGUGACAAGGGCAUCCAUAUCUUUGCUGUGGCAGCAUCGAAUAACAUAGAGGAGACUGGGCUGAGGGACAUCGCCAGCUCUCCAGUGUCCCUCUACAGGAAUGAAUAUGCAGCUGUGAACUUCAGCCAGAACAGAGUCACGAUAGAUACCCCAACUAUUGAUCGAAUCAUCAAGACAAUGAAACAUCUGGCAUAUGUAGAGUGUUACAAUGUGUCCUGUCUGGAGACAAAAGGGCCUCCUGGUCCAAAAGGCCACAGGGGACAAAAAGGAGCUAAAGGAGACAAUGGCGAGCCAGGAAUAAAAGGAGAAAGAGGUCGCCCAGGAGACCCCGGUAUCGAAGGUCCAAUCGGUCAGCCCGGUAUCAAAGGAGAACCAGGUCUAAAAGGCGAGAAGGGAGAGAUUGGAACUCAGGGGAAAAAGGGUGUGGCUGGCAUCCCAGGACGCAACGGGACAGAUGGGCAGAAGGGUAAAAUUGGGCGAAUCGGCGCUCCAGGCUGCAAAGGAGACCCAGGCGACAGGGGUCCUGACGGUCACCCUGGAGAUGUCGGUGAACGUGGUCCUCCCGGAUCUGAUGGAGACAAGGGAGAUCCUGGGCGCCCUGGAAGAUCUGGUCCGCCUGGCCCAGACGGAGAUGGUGGACCAAAGGGAGAGAGGGGAAGUCCUGGAUCACCUGGUAUUCCUGGAGCGAAAGGAAACACUGGAACCCCUGGAGUCCCGGGUGUUCGAGGCGAGAACGGUAGAAGAGGAGACUAUGGUCCAAAGGGUUCACAAGGGCCUCCAGGCACUAAGGGAGAGAAGGGUGAAAGUGGGCCUGAGGGCCAGAGGGGACUUCCCGGUGAAACAGGAAGCGAUGGGGCAAAGGGUGAUGUUGGCUUGCCAGGACCUAGGGGACCAGCAGGCCCACCAGGAGAGAAAGGAAGAACUGGCAGCAGAGGUGACCCUGGUGAUGCUGGACCUAGAGGAGAGCCUGGAAACCUCGGACCAAAGGGAGACAAUGGAAGAGCUGGCUUUAGCUAUACGGGAUCAAGAGGAGAACCGGGUGACAGAGGAGACAAGGGUAAGCGUGGACCUCGUGGCACCAGAGGUGACUGUGGUCAAAAGGGUGAACCUGGACUUAAAGGAACUCCAGGACAACCAGGCGAGCCAGGGUCCCAGGGUGAACCUGGAUCAAGAGGCCCAAAAGGAGAAGCUGGGCGUGAUGGAGAUCCUGGCCCUGAGGGGGAUCCCGGCCUCACUGAAUGUGACGUCAUGAACUACAUCAGAGAGACGUGUGGCUGCUGUGACUGUGAGAAACGUUGCGGGCCGCUGGACAUCGUGUUUGUUAUCGACAGCUCAGAGUCCGUGGGUCUCACCAACUUCACCCUGGAGAAGAACUUUGUCAUCAACACCAUCAGCAGACUGGGAUCAUUUGCCAAAGACCCUCUGUCAGACACAGGCACUAGGGUGGGAGUGGUUCAGUACAGUCACAGUGGAACCUUCCAGGCCAUCCGGCUCAACGACCCCAAGAUUGAUUCAUUGGCUGCUUUCAAGGAUGCAGUAAAGCGUUUGGAGUGGAUCGCAGGAGGUACGUUCACGCCGUCUGCUCUGAAGUACGCCUACGACAACCUGAUCAGGGACAGCCGCAGAGCGAAAGCCAACGUCACUGUCGUCGUCAUCACCGAUGGACGCUUUGACCCCAGAGAUGACGACAAUCUGCUCACCUACCUCUGCAGAGAUCCCAACGUUGACGUGAGCGCCAUUGGUAUCGGAGACAUGUUUGAGCAGAUCGAGGAGAAUGAGAGUCUGAAGAGCAUCGCCUGCCAGAGGGAUGGUAAAGUAAUGGGAAUGAGACGCUUUGCAGACCUAGUGGCAGAGGAGUUCAUUGACAAGAUCGAGACCGUGCUCUGCCCAGAUCCUUUCAUCGUGUGCCCUGAUCUGCCUUGUAAAUCAGGAGGGGGCAUCUCUGUGGGGCAAGCCCCACCCCCCUGGAAGCCACUAGCCGAAGAAGGCAGCCCCUCAUUGGUCCCCACCUCUUUGGAGGGUGUGACCAGCCUGCUGAACGGCCUGAGCGAGCAACAGUAUGGGAUUGGUGUGGCGACCAUGGCGUACACAGCCCAGAGAGCCAAACUCACCCAAGGAGCGGACAGGCAGCAGUGGACCCAGCUGUUCAUCAACUCCUUCAAAUAUGUCUAUGGGGACAUUAUGGGGGACCCAACGAAAGCCAUAGGACUUUGCUAAUGCUAAUAUGCUAACCAUGCCACCUCGCCAUUAUGGAUGCCAUUGACUAAUAAGCUUACUGCUGGACAAAGAAUAGAAUUUAUUCAAACUGUGGGCAUUGUUUUAUUGUUUAAACUAUGCAGGUGAAAUAUACACCUGGGCUGAACUGCAUGAUAUGAAGCUGGUCUUUUACUAAGCUUUCAGAGAACCCUUUGUGUGAAUUGACUUCAGUCAAAAUGUGGAUUCAUGAUCCCUUCUGGCCUCAGAAUAUAAAUAUAAAUAUAAACAUUUAUGGAUAUAGCACAGUAAUCCUGAAUAUGUCUGUUAGUAAUAUGUACAGAUCACGUAUUUCAAAACAUUUUCAAUUGAAAUGGAAAAUGAAUGUCAUGCUGGAGGCAGAUUUGUCUACAGAGCCGUUCUUGUUAUUCGGUUACAGUUGAUGGAGCCUCAUUUUCACUGUGAAUCACUCCGAUGACAGUUUUUUUUUGCUGUUUUGCACGUAUCCAUGGUUACAGCCUUUAUGUUUUUUUCCCCUGUGAAUGAAUCACGUCGGUGAAAGGCUGUUACACGUGGAAAAUAUCUGGUUUUACACAAUUCACAGCAUACUGUAUGUGAGUCAGAGGAUGGUGUAUGUUAAUGUUUGGUUAAAUGAAUUGGCACCGACUGUGAGGGAACUAUUGUAUGAUGUGCCCUUGACUGGUGCAUGUUUUUCAGGGGGAUUUUUUUUGCAUGUGGCUUGGCUUGCAAAGUAGGAUGACUUGAAGAAAAGGACCACAGAGUGGCUUCAAUCCAAUGUCAUGUUAUUGUUUUAGCUCUGUGACUGCAACUUGCUGAUGUGAACAUUGUUCACGUUGUUCAUUUUGUUUCCUGUAAAAUGGGAUACAUUCAUAUAUUAUUUUUAUUUUAAUGUCUAAAGAGAAUAAACUCAACGAGCAAACUAAAACAGUGCUUUAUUGACAAGGCCGGUCAGAAUCUGGGAAGGCUACUCAAAGAAAUACUGAAAGAGCCGGACUGCAGCUGGCAU